ACCAUUCCCCGUUGCCGAUUGCCAUUCCGAUUGGGGGAAAGAUCGAGGAUGUCGUGGCAGUUUGAUCGGCGUUAAGAUCCGUGCGAGUCUGAAAAUGGAAGGGUAGUUAUCGUCGUCCAUUGGGAUCAAGGAGAAUAUGUAUUUAUGAUGUGGAAAUUGAAAGAGAGGGAGAACAUGAAAAAAAGCAGCAGCUUGGGAAUCCUUCGCCUUUUCUCUCUCUAGGAGGAGAAAGAAUGGGGGAAAAAGAGAGAAGGAAUCAAAAAUAUCAAGCAUAGCGGUCCACGUGUACCUCCGAUGAGUAGCGAUCUGGCAUCGGAUCUGCGCUUUUCCCUUCCCCACCCGAAAAAAUAUCUCCCACGCCCAUAGCUAGUUCUUCUCUUCCACCCACCGCCGCCUCCGCUUCCGCCUCCCGGCCGAGUCAAUACUCCUCCCGCUUCGAGAUCUACUGGUUCCAUUUCUCGAUCACAUCCACCGCCCUCCCCCCCUCCCCCCCCUCUGCUUUAAUUCUAGGGUUUUGGCCGCUCCCAUGGAUGAAGAGGCCCCCGAUGCCCACCGCAACCGGAUCGCCGCGGAAGGACCUGGAGGAUAUGAUGGGGGCCGCGUCAGAGAGUGGGAGAUCGGGCUCCCGACUGAUGAGGAGCUCUUUCCCCUCAAUAAGCUCCUAGUCUCGCCGUCGCUGGCUACCGCUUUCCGUAUCAGCCCCGAACCCCGCCGCACCGCAAUCGACGUCGACCGAGCCGUACAUAAAACUCUAACUGACCUCCGAAGCACCUUAACCUCCCCUGUGUCCGCCUCUACACUCCGAUCCUUCCUUCCCUUCCAGUCCCCUGUUCAAAACGAUGACUACGGCGAGGCAGAAGAAGAAGAAGGAGAAGAAGAAGAAGAAGUAGAAGAAAUAGAAGAAGAAGAAGAAGACGACGAGGAAGAAGGAAGCGAGGCUACGAUGCCUUUCGAGGGCGAGGGCGAUGGCGUGGAAAAUCCCCAGCGCAAGAGUCGACGAGUCGAGGUCUCCGAGGAGGCCGAGUUGUCGGCCCUGCGGGCAGAGAACUCGAACGACGAGCAGUCGGCGAGGAGCCAGAAGAGGCCACGGUUGGUGUGGACGCCGCAGCUCCACAAGCGGUUCGUUGACGUCGUCACGCACCUCGGCAUCAAGAACGCCGUCCCGAAGACCAUCAUGCAGCUGAUGAACGUGGAGGGCCUGACGAGGGAGAACGUCGCGAGCCACCUCCAAAAGUACCGCCUUUAUCUGAAGAGAAAGGAGGGGCUCUCCAGCGAGGGGCCUUCCUCCUCCGAUCGUCUCUUUGCUUCUACGCCCAUGCCGCAGAGCUUCCGAGAGCACCACCACCAACUGCCGCCGCAGCCGCCAACUGUGCCCGUGCCCUACGCCGUGCCCACCAUGCUUCCUAUGCCCAUCUACGGCGUGCCCCAUGGAAACCCUAUGGUUAUGAUGCCCUACGUUAAUAACCACCAGGUAGGUGGGGGCUUCCACGGAUUCGAAGCUCCCCAUCAUUUCGGAGCUAUUGGGGAGCGGCCGACGGAUCGGAAUUGAUGGAACCAAUUCCAAAUAGAUCUGUCAUCCAUGCAACAGCAUCUGCAAUUAUUUGAAAAUCAUUCUGAUGCUAAAGAGGAGGAUCCUCUCUGUGGGGACGGAGUGAACCAUGACAAAUGCGACCUUACACACUUCAUUUGGAAUAAAAGUACUGAUGCCCACUUAUCAAAAGAAGUUGAAGAAGAGACUAAUAUAAUUGUGGGCUAUGAUAGUCAAACUUAAUGCGAUGUUAGCCUUAGUAGAAUUUAAGACUACAUUUAAUUUUCGGCAUAUAUCCCUAUCUAAAAUAAUUACGUGAGUUUGCGUGCAUAUCUAAAUUUUUCUCAGUCAAUUUAUGUUAUUUUAUUCUGAUGUAAGAACAUAGAGUUUUGAAUUAAAAUGAUUUGGAG